ACAAACUCAGACACAGUGUUUAAGUGGAGUACUAUUGCAGUUACUAAAAAACUUUAAUCAGAUUACUGUUACAUUUGAUACUAUAAAAGUGCCAGUAGAUAAAUAUUAAUAUUCAAUUAGCUGCACAAUAAGUUGUUUGGAAAUUUAACACUAAACUAAGUCAGUGUUCUACUAAUUUUUUUGAGUUCUUGUAUUUAUAAUUUACACUUUCAUGCAAAUAUUAGUACAUGUAGUAUACAAACUGGAAGUUGAAAAUAAGGUACAUAAAUUGAUAUGGAAAUAUUAAAGCUACAAAAAACACAAAAUUCUGCAUGUGUUAUUAGUUCUGCUACUCUACCAUACCAUUGCCAACAAGACCUAAUAUUUUAAAUAUAUAGCUCCUUGCAUUUGGAACUAAACUAUCCGUAAAAAUCAUGACUUGAAAUAUGCUGGAAACAUGUAUUUUCAAAAUGCAUGUCCUGGCCCUCCACACAAGUGUGUGGUUGCUAAUGUCAACAUGCAUUAGCAAUGGAAUUGUACUAUACUUAGAUGUGGUUGAACCACAUCUAUGGGCUGAGCCAUUAAAGAACAUUUUUAAAAAAAGAGAAGAAAUAAACUAGGUAAAAGGGAAUAUGUCCUGUUCGGCUAAAACAUUCAAGUAUAUCUAUAAUUAGUAUAAAAUUGUUCAAAAUAGACUGCAGAUUAAUUAUUGAUAUCUCAUAGAAAAUAACCAUACCAUACAGAAAGUGUUUUUAUUGCUCAUAAAGACUUUAAAGCAUUUUGAUCAUGUAUCAAGAACUUGAAUUUUAUUAAUUAACCAGUGGGUUAGAGAAGAUUUGUAUUUCCCUCUCCCUAAAGGACUGCACAUGUUUGACAGGGGAAAGUAAACUCUAAUCUAUCAAGCCAAACUUUUUUUUAAUUAGUAAUACUUUCCUAAAAGGUAACUACUAAGCAAUUACAAACCUCAAAUUUAUGAGCCUUAUGCCAAUAGAAAUUGGAUCUAUAGUGAAUAAAUACAGUUAAAGGAAUAAUAUUUUUGAGGCAUGAGUUUGUCUGUCUUUCAGCAAGAAAGAGUGAAAUGAGAAAUGCCCAGCUGCCUCAGCUGGAACCAACACAAAACUUCAUCUGCUUUGAUUCAGUUCUCAAAAUAGGGCACAGUCCUCCGCUACUUUUUUAUUUUAUUUAUUUUAAAGUAGGCUGAAUUUAGACUGCAUCAUUACUUCUGUAGCUCCCAAAACACACUCUCAAUUUAGAGACCAUUGGUGGAUGAGAAAUGUGACACUUGCAGAGCUUUGGUGAUUGUUUUUUUUAGCAGUACAAAUUAGCAAAUUUACCCCAUCUUUAGGAACAAAGAUGACAACUGCUACAGAGUGACUUACCUUUGGCUAUCUGCUGCUUUCAAUCUCAUGUGUCUGACAUGAGUGGACCUCUCAUCUAAUGCAAGGGAAGAGAAUUUCUCAUAUAAGGUGUCCACAUUGCUGCUCUUGACCUCCUUGGAAAAUUAUGACAAUGUUCUGUGUUUGCUUAUUUCCACAUUGCUGUGGGAGCCCAUCGCAGAAUUUUGAAUGUCGAUUACAUAUUUAUAUGCACAUUUUAAAAAUUUUACUAAUUCCAUAUUUAUCAUUUCACCAUAGUAUUUAUAGGCUCCUGUUUUUUUUAGUGUACAUAGUCACAAGUGUUUCUCUUGACUGGAUAAAAAUUCCAAAUUGCAUUGUAUUUCUUGUUCUAGUUUGGCUCUUUAAAUUAAAAAAAUAGGAUUAUAUUUUCUUGUUCAAUAUGUUAUCUUUGCUAGUGAUAGCUGUUAAAAUGCUGCUAAAAUACAUAUAGUGCCAAUGACUGACAAGUGACAUGCUCCUAUGAGCCACAAGCAGAAAACAAGUGGGGUUUCUCUUGACUUUGUGGAAAACUUGUGAGCAUCCUGUACCUCCCCUCCCAGAGUGCUUUAUUUUUCCUGCAGCCAUCACUACAUACAGUAUGAUAGAAAACAGACACACAAUUAAUACACAAGAUAAAUCUUCUAAUAUGAAAAAAUACCUGAUUUAAAAAAAAUACAGGUGCAAUCAUGAUGUCAACAUCCCCCCCCCACCCCAUAACUUCAGGGGCUUUCUUUCUUUUACACUCUUAUUAUGGGAAAAGAAAAUUUAAUUGCAAACAAUCUCUUUUUAAAAGAAUAAAGUAACUUAUACAAAAGAAGGGAGUCAUUAGUAUACAAGGUGAUAGUAUCAAUGGUGUAGUAUACAAUCACAUUAUUGUGAUUUGCAGGAUUACUUAACUGAUUAAAUAGAGGGUUUUACCUGCCUAUGAACUGCAAAUUGUAGCCCAUACUUUGUAGCUCUGUUUAAACAAAUUAUCUGUAUUCCAAACCAGACUUGACAGGCAAGGAAAGAAGGGAACAGAAAGUUCCUAAUUUUUGUUAAAAUACAUAUGAGUACAUUUCUCCUUUUUCAGCUAUGUUAUGGGUGAAUAUAGACUGCUAGUGUAGGCAAAGUGAAAGAUUGGUUUACAAUUAAAAAACUCUAAUUGUGCUAUUGAAUUCUGUCAUCCUAAAGUCUGGCCUUACAACUGUCUUAGGAUUCUCUACUUAAUAUUUAUCAAGUUCAUCAUAAACUUUAGAUGGAUGAUUGGAUAGAGUAGACAAUAACUUAAUUAAAAAGCAGGGCCCAAUGCCUACCUAGGUUUAUGCACCUGCAUAACUUUACUUUUAUGAGUAGUGUUGUGGGUCAAUUGACAUCUGGAAAAUUACUCCUGCAUGUCUUUGCAGGAUCAUGAUCACAACCCUGAGCUCCAAAACAACUGUGCAUAAACCUGGGCAUGUUCUUAAGCACCUCUCUGAGUCAGGGCCUUAAGGGACAGCCACCUCUUCAGACUUUAUUUUUCAUUGAGAAAAUAAAAUUAGAAUGUAUUUAACAUCUUAAAAUAAAAUCAAACUUUUAAAAUUCCAGCUGUAAGUGAAAUUUUAAUCUGUCACUUAUUAGCUUUAGUGUUCACUUUUAAAUACAUGAAAGUUUUUCUGUGUUUGAAAGGUGUGAGUGGGUCAUGAAGGCAAAGGGUAACACUUUACCCCUAUUAACUGCUUGUCAUCCUUGCAUGCAGUAUAUGGGGUAUUAGUAUUCCUAUUUCACAGAUGUUGAAAAUAACGCACAGAGGUUAAAGCAAAAAUUUUCAGAUGUUUGUAUAAAGUUAAGCAUCCAAAUUUAGGUACUUACAUAAAUGGCCUGAUUAUGCAAGCAUGACCCUUCUAAAGCUCCUGUUGAAGUUCAUGGUAGCUAUGGGUGCUCAAUACCUCAGGAUUUAGGGAGCUAAAUUUUGAUCCUUGUGACUUAGCAGAGGCUAACAUCUAUCUUAACUAGCCAAAGCCCAAAUGUGGAAUGCAGGAAACUUAAGUUAUGAAAUUCUUUUGUUUAGUGUAAAUAAUUCUGUACCUUCAGUUACAUGAUUCUUCAAUGCUGAUGUAAAUAACUUUCAGUCAUAAGUUUGCAACCCUCACUUUUGUAUAUCUCAUUGGUAACUCUGGGUCUAAAAUGAGUGAUUGCACUCAAGCUGGGGGACAUCUGAGCAAUGUGGAUGUCAGUCUCUGAGCUGAGAUUAGCCCUUUGUGCACUCACUUGCUUAGGCCAUACUGGUUCUCACACGCUUGAGCUUCCUCUUGCAGCCAAUGGUUGGAUGCUCAGCAGAGAUGGUUCAGCUGCAGGCAGUUUGUGCUGGUUUUAGCACCACUUGUGUGUUGGGCUAGAGCUGUCCCCUACAACUGUGAAAUGAUGCUGGAGGUCCCCUCCCCCCCCAAGAAAAAUCAAGCAACUAGGGCUAUGGGUUUUCAGGACCCCAGAGGCCAACUCUGGGGUGUAACUAUGAAGGAGGGAACCGUAGGAAAAAAACCUGUAACAGGCUUUCAACCCCCCCCCCCCAUGACUGGUCUGAGCCCAUGGGUGCUGAAACAAUUUGCAUAAUGGGGGUGCUGAGAGCCAUUGAACAAAUUCACACUGUAUAGGAUGGAAACCACUUCAAGCGCGGGGGUGUCAGCACCCCUAGUUCCACAGGCUCUGUUUGAGUGGUUUCCAGGCUCUGUGGGCACAAGGCGGGGGUGGAAAGAAAGCGGGGGCUUCUUGGGGGGCAGCUGACACUCCCCCUAGGGAGGGCGAAGGCCGGCUCCCGCACCUGAAGCUAAUCCGCGCACACCUGCGGGAGAAAACCAGCCGGGCUGUGUCAGGCUGGCCCGGAGUCAGCCCCGCGUAACUUUAAUCGCUUCAGCGCAGCUAGAGCGGAUCCGGAUUUUACUCGCCAACUGGAGCCGCGGAGGUGUCCCCCGGCCGGGCUUUAAUCGGGGCAGCGCUAGUCCCCGUGGGCGCACGGGGCAGCACCAGCGCUGCGGCCGCGGGCCAGCGCGACCCCGUCAUGACCCUUCCAGCCAGGGCAGAAGGUGGCUCCCGCCGUGCGUCACCGCACAGAGCCCCGGCAGUGGCAGCCGCCGCCUCUGCCCUCCAUUCGCGGGCAGCGGCAGCAGCUAGCGCUGCUCUCCGCCUGACGGCUGCGGAGUGGCCCUGCCCGCUGGCCGGGCCUGCUCCGCUCGCCUCCCUCAGCCCCGCUAGGUGUCUGGGCGAACGCGCGGUGCGGCCAGCCAGAGCAGGGCGACUCUGAGUCCUUGCGGCGCUCGCUGCUCCUCCUGCCGCCGCCGCCGCCGCGGGGAGGGCGGGGGUGGGCUCCAGCGCUUCAGACUGGUGCUGUCAGAGCCGAGAGACACGCUCCGCCUGGGGAGAAGGGAGGGAGCGAUACUCCUCCCCUCACCGCCACCCUGGCCUGCCUCCCUCCUUCCUCCCUCCCUCCCUCCCUCUCCUCCAGCAGCUCCACAAACCAGGAACAAGAGCCAGCUGCAGCCUCCUGUGCGUGAGAAAAACACGGGGAAGCCAAACCGGGAGUGCGGAGCAGCGCCAGGAGGAGAAGGAAGGUGAAGGAGGACGGACGCAGGAGGGGAAGCACAGAGGGCUUGUCAACAUAAAAGGGAGGAAAAAGUUUACACCCGUGUCACUCUCGCCUCCCUCUUCCUGGGUGGCGUCGCUGGGAGUUUUACCUGGAAUGACAAGUUUUUUCAAGGUGGCUCUUUCUCUUUCCAUGCUGCUGGAUCCGACUCCCCCCUCCAGCAGCGGAUGAGGGUGUGACACAAGGGGGAACCCGCCCCCCCAUCUAACCCUCUAUGGUGGGAGCUGUCACCAAGAGCAGAGAGGAGCUGAUCCGGGUGGACUUCACUGUUUCCAGCUCCACUGUUACAGUGCUGCAGCCUCCCGUGGAGCUGGAGUCAGAGAGGAACUGCUGCCGCUGGGGUUUGUGUGUGAGAGUGUUACAGCCCCCUUCUUCCAGGAUAUAACUAAAACCACCUCGAGCGUUUUCAGUCGCAUCUUCAUCAUCGUUUCCUCCUAAUUCUUGCGAUUGCUGCUUGUUGGAUGGCUUGUUGGCAGUAGCCGGGGGUCUUGCCUCCUCCACCGCCCCACCAUGUCCUAGAAAAGUUUUGUCUCUGGGUAGCUCUGCUGGGUCUGGGAGCCUGGCUCAUUCCUCGGCCCAUGUCUACUGCGGGGUCUGGAAGUGGAGAUCAAUUUUUGGAAGAAUAUUAAAACAUGGAAGGCACGUGACUUUAAAUAAAAAUCCUAAAGCAAACAAGGAGGGUGAAAUUAAAGGCUUCGGGCUCCAGACAGCGUCUCGAAUUUUGAAACAGUUUUAUUGCCCCCCAUUUAUCAUUUACCCUCACUUGAAAAGGAGGAAAGAGAGAAAAUCUGUGCGCAGCAUUUACAAAGACUACACCAGGCGCAAGAAAAUGAAACCCAGAGGCAAGCAAAGGACAAGUCCUUGAACCUUAUUAUGGAGACAGAAGGAUACUACAGUUACCCAGAAGGCUUAGACAUGGAGAAACGGUGGGGUCAAGUUUCUCAGUCUGUGAAGUAUUCUUCUUCAGGUGCUGGAGAACGGACUGAUGAGAGUAACUAUAUGGAGAUUGUAAACGUAAGCUGUGUAUCUGGUGCUUUUCCAAACAGCAGUGCUCAAGGAAACAGCAAAGAAAAACCUGAACUACUCCCUAGCCUGCAGCAAGAUAAUAAUCAGCCUGGUAUUUUAAACUCUGACAUCAAGAGUGAGUCAGACUCAAAGGAACUUUCAACAACUGUAGCUGAAUCUAUGGGUUUAUACAUGGAUUCCAUACGAGAUGCUGAUUAUACCUAUGAUCAGCAAAAUCAACAAGGGAGCAUAAGUCCUGGGAAGACUUAUCAAAAUGUUGAGCAGCUGGUAAAGUUCUACAAGGAAAAUGGCCAUUGUGCCUCUCCCUUAAACAGUGCAAAUAGGCCCUUGAUAUCUUUGAUAUCAGACUCUGGAAGUUCUACGAAUGGUGGUCUCAUGCGCACUAUUGUCAAAAGCCCUAUAAUGUGUCCUGAGAGAACUCCUUCUGGCAGUAGUCCUCAGAACAUGACUCCUUCAGUUUGUAGCCCAGCUGGCAUUAACUGUGUAUCCUCAACUACUUCUACUAAUUUUGUACAUUUUCCAGUGCACAGCCCAGUCAGCCAGGGAACUCCUUUGUCAUGCUCACCUAACAUUGAAAACCGGAGCUCUAGAUUGCACAGUCCUGCACAUGUUAGUAAUGUGGGAUCUCCUCUUUCUAGUCCUAUAAGUAGCAUGAAAUCACCAAUUUCAAGCCCUCCUAGUCACUGCAGUGUGAAAUCUCCAGUAUCAAGUCCUAAUAAUAUCACUAUGAGAUCCUCUGUGUCCAGUCCUGCAAACAUGAACUCAAGGUGCUCUAUUGCCAGCCCUUCCAAUACAAAUAAUAGGUCCAGUCUUUCUAGUCCAGCUGUUAGCACUGUGGGAUCUUCUAUCUGUAGCCCAGUAAACAAUGCCCUAAGCUUCCCUACUUCUGGCACACCUGCUGGACCUAGCACAGGCCAAGAUACUAUUCCUAGUCCAGAAUCAAAAGAGAAAGGUACUCAAGAAAUCACAUUUCCUAAAAUGGAGGAAAUGGAGAAUGCCAUCUCAAACAAUUGUGUAGCUGGUCAGAUGAAUCUUGUUCAGUUUAUAAAGCCUGACCCAGAUGGAGAAUUCAGUAGUUCAUGUAUUGGAGAAAACAGUAAAAUCAACUCUGAUUCCCCAUUUUCUGUACCAGUAAAACAGGAAUCCGCUAAACAUUCUUGUUCUGGUGCCUCUUUUAAAGGGAAUCAAGCAGUAAAUCCAUUUCCAUUUAUGGAUGGUUCAUAUUUUUCAUUUAUGGACGACAAAGACUAUUAUUCUCUUUCUGGGAUUUUAGGACCACCUGUUUCAUCAUUUGAUGGCAAUUGUGAAGGUAGUGUGUUUCCAAAUCCAGGCCUACCUGUGGGUAUUAAACAGGAGCCUGAUGAUGGCAGCUAUUAUCAAGAGAACAGUAUGCCAUCCUCUGCCAUUGUUGGUGUGAAUUCAGGUGGACAAUCAUUUCACUACAGGAUUGGAGCUCAAGGCACAAUAUCUUUAUCACGACCUGUUGCUAGAGAGCAGACUUUUCAGCAUGUGAGCUCAUUUCCUCCAGUCAGUACACUAGUUGAGACAUGGAAAUCACAUACUGACUUAGCAUCCAGAAGACAUGAUGGGUAUCCAGUUUUAGAAUACAUUCCAGAAAAUGUGUCAAGCUCCUCACUUAGAAGUGCAUCAACUGGAUCCUCAAGACCUUCCAAAGUAUGUUUGGUGUGUGGGGAUGAGGCAUCUGGAUGUCAUUAUGGGGUGGUUACCUGUGGCAGCUGCAAAGUUUUCUUCAAAAGAGCAGUGGAAGGUAAAUGUUCAUGGCAGCACAAUUACCUAUGUGCAGGAAGAAAUGACUGUAUUAUUGAUAAGAUUCGAAGGAAGAACUGCCCAGCUUGCCGAUUACAGAAAUGUCUACAAGCUGGAAUGAAUUUAGGAGCCCGAAAGUCCAAAAAGUUGGGAAAAUUGAAAGGGAUGCAUGAAGAACAGCAACAACAGCAGCAGCAACAGCCGCCACCCCAAAGCCCAGAGGAAGGGACUACAUAUAUUGCUCCAGUAAAAGAGCCAUCUGUAAACACAGCACUCGUUCCUCACCUGUCUGCUAUUUCACCAGCACUUGCUCCUUCACCCACUACGGUCCUUGAAAGCAUUGAACCUGAAAUAGUGUAUGCAGGAUAUGAUAAUUCAAAACCAGAUACAGCAGAGCACCUGCUUUCCACUUUAAACCGCCUUGCUGGCAAGCAGAUGGUUCAGGUGGUAAAGUGGGCAAAGAUACUUCCAGGAUUUAGAAACUUGCCUCUCGAGGACCAAAUUACUCUAAUCCAGUACUCAUGGAUGUGUCUAUCAUCAUUUGCCUUGAGCUGGAGAUCAUACAAACAUACAAACAGCCAAUUCCUCUAUUUUGCUCCAGACCUGGUCUUCAAUGAGGAGAGGAUGCGUCAGUCUGCAAUGUUUGAACUGUGCCAGGGGAUGCACCAGAUCAGCCUGCAGUUUGUUCGCUUGCAGAUUAGUUUUGAAGAAUAUACCAUAAUGAAAGUUUUGCUGCUGUUAAGCACAGUUCCCAAGGAUGGCCUCAAAAGCCAAGCUGCAUUUGAAGAAAUGAGGGCAAAUUACAUCAAAGAACUAAGGAAGAUGGUAACUAAAUGUCCAAGUAACUCUGGACAAAGCUGGCAACGAUUCUACCAACUGACUAAACUUCUGGACUCCAUGCACGAUCUUGUUAGUGACUUGUUAGAAUUCUGUUUCUACACCUUCCGAGAGUCUCAGGCACUGAAAGUGGAGUUUCCGGCCAUGCUGGUGGAAAUCAUCAGUGACCAGUUACCAAAGGUGGAGUCUGGAAAUGCCAAGCCCCUGUACUUUCACAGGAAGUGAUGGAAAAUGUCUUAAUAGAAGAACUUUGCCUUAAGUUUCCUUGUGUUAUUCCACACCCAUGAAGGACCCAAGAAACCACAUUUUAAACGUGCUAUUUACACUUGUUCAGCAGCCUCUGACUAGUCUCAAAUCAUGUGAAGGGUUUGGAAAACAGUUGAUCUGGAUUUGGCAAGACCUAGAUGUUUGAAAAUUACCCCCUUACUCCAAACACUUAGAAAAUGUUCCUGUUCCUCUGGAUGAAAAGCCAUAUCUAGUCAAUAACUCUUUGAUUUUGAUAUUUUAACAGAUGGGAGUUUUAAAUAUGCCAUGUAGUUUCUGGUAUUGUUUGCUUGUUUUAAAAGGGUUCAAGGACUAAUACAAACUUUUUAAAGCUUACCCCUUGGUUUGCACAUAAAACGUAAAGUCAAUAUGGGGCAUUAAUAUUCCUUUCUUGUAAAAAUAUAUACAAAACCCCCCUAAAGUGUAAAGUAAUAACAGAACAUUUGGUGUGGAAUACUCGUUAUCCUCACCUGCGGCAUUUGUUAUCCUAUGUUAUCCAUCAUAGGUGAUACACACUGUGUUAAGUGUCCAUUUACUAUUUAAUUAAAAAGGAUAAGAUGUUAAAACAAAUGCCUCAGUUUCAGUUUAUAGUAUCUAUUGUGCUGGCUUUACAAAUAAUUUUUCGCAGUCUUUUGCUGUACUGUACAUUGCUGUAUGUAUAAAUUGUGAAGGACCUGAAAUAAGGUGUAAGGAGCUUUUGUAAAUGAGAAAAAAAUCUUUAAUGGUUACUAGGAUGAAUGGGAAAGUAUUUUUGAAAGAAUUCUAUUUUGCUGGAGACUAUUUAAGUACUAUCUUUGUCUAAACAAACAAGGUAAUUUUUUUUGUAAAGUGAAAUGUUCUGCAUGCAUAAUGAACCGUUUACAGUGUAUUUAAGAAAGGGAAAGCUGUGCCUUUUUUUAGCAUCAUAUCUAAUUUACCAUUUUACACGAUCUGUUGUAAAUAACCACACAACCUUUUUCAGUUGUAUUUAAGCCUACUUUUCGGUACAUUUUUCUCCGUUUUUGUCUACUGCUUGCAAGUAUAUGUGACUUCAGCUCAUUUUAGGAAUACUGCUUCAUAUUUCUGUAGGAAACUACACUAUGUUGUGUUUGCAGCUUUAUGGUGGUUUCAUUUAACAAGACAUUACAGUCUCUCAAAAGCUUUUGCCAGCUUUAUGAUGUCGUGAGUUUCUGCCCUCCACUCCAGAUUCCUCAAGGAGAUAAAAGCAAAUCAUAGGAUGUUAAAUGAUUUUUUUUUCUUUUUCAAAAUUAAAGUUUUCCAAAUUCUUUGUUAUUCCUUUUCAUAUUGAAUGCACGUAACCUUAAAGGUCCAGUUGUCUCCUCUGAUUUAGGAGAGUGAAUUCCAAUAAUGGUUAAGGGAACAUACAGAUCAUUACAGUAAGUAUACUGUAUACAUUUUGAUUGGGAACGAUGAAUGUACGGUGCUGAUACUGGCAGAUUAUCUUGGUGGGGUUUUUAGUUAUAAAUUCAAAACAUUAAUGUAAAAAUGUAAGCAGACCUACAUCUAAACAGAUACUUUCACUGUGAACAUUUCUAUCUUAGUUAUCAAUUUUUGUCUCAAAACCAUGUCCUCUGGUGUAAGGAAGGCUAUGAAGAUGCACCUUUCAUGGGGUGACUUUCACAAUUUGUAAAUAAAUACAAAAUUCUGGAGUAGAAUAGAGACCAGAUGAACUUUUCUGAACAUCACUGUUACUAUUAUAUAUACACUAAUUUGAAUAGAAUAAUUUUUCAGAGAGUCAUGAUUCCUAAACUGUCUGUCUGGGCAACAGUGACAUUUUUGAGCUACAGCUGUCCCUUGACCAGUCAGAAUGUAGCAUUCUUAUAAAUGGUGAUCUAAUAAACUCACCCACUCUUUCUGAUUCAAAACUCGGAGGUGUGCUUCUGGCACAUGCAACAUAGAGUCAACACUGCUUGUCUUUUUAAAUGACACCUGCCUUAUGCAAUGGGUAAUCUGUAGAGGCUGUAUUCAGAGAGGGGGAUCUUAUAUAUAACUGUAUACAUACAUAUAUUAUUUGCAAUUUUGGAAGUCUAAUUCAUAGGUAGAUCCUUAAAUACAAUCAACUGACCUGCACAGCAAUAUGAAAGCCACAUGUCCAACGUGAUAAAUACACAGCAUGCAGAAUGGUUGUUUACAGUAACGACAUGGUCAGAUAUCCUUUACUUUUUUUUCUCUCUAAAUACUGAUAAUGGAAUUUCAAAAUAGCCAGGUUUGGGGUGAAUACAGUCUGCAGCAGCUUUUUAUAUUAACAAAGUUACUAGCUCCUUUUCUAUCUCUAAGUAACUUUGCUUGGUUAAAAUAGCAAAGCCAUAUUCUAAACUUCACCGUUAAAUGCCUGUCCCAGUACAAAUUGUUGUCUGUUUGCUCUUUUUUUGUACCUUAUUGCUUUUAAUCUUGGUUUGGUACAAUUCAUAAUUCACAGAAACUUCAUAUAAUUACAAACACACUAAAUUAGUUUUAAAAAGCAAUUUAUAUCUUUAUGCAAAAACGUAUGUCUGUCUUUGCAAACAACUGUAAGAAGAUUACAAUAAAUCCUUUACUUUAAUCACCUGUUGUUUAUGAAACCAUUCAUUGAUUUUUUUUUGCUAGAAAUCAUUCAAUAGAUAUAAUUGGAUACAGAUGUUUUAAGAGACAGUACUCUCUUCUCCAGAAUACUUAUGCAGAAUAGCCAUCUCACAUUAACUAACCAAAUCUACAACAAAAAAUAUAAAAUACUGUUUUAGCUACAACAAAGAAAUGAAAGUAUUUUGAACUUGUUUAGAAUGAAAUAGGCAUUUGUCUCCUGCAAAAUAUAAGACAAACUCAGUGAAAUUUCAAAAUGUCUGUUUUAAAAGUGGGCUUAUGCUGAUUGCAUUAAAUAAUGUUGUUGCAAGGAAAGAAUGGGGAUAGACAGCAAGAACAUUGCAUACACAUUAUAAAAUGUAAAAUAGUUUUAAUGUACUGCAGCAGGUAUUUCAGGAAUUGUAGAUCACAUUGUGCAAAUGUUCAGUUGCACAAAAUAAAAUAGAAAGGCUAAAGUUUUCAAUAUCAAAUUCUUAUUAAAAAGAUACUUUACAAUCAAGCUAAUUCAUAGGGUGGUGUUUUCACUGACUUGUAUAAACAUGUAUGAAUUUAAAACCAUCUACAAUUAAUGCACUUUUAAUUGUUAAAGAUUUGACUUUCUUUUUGUAGAGCAAUGUUUUCAGCUGGAGGUCAAUGACUUGAUAAAAUAGACAGCAGUUCUGAGGUCAGUGGAAUGUUUAAGAAUUCUUGGAGUUUAAAUAGAUUUUUGGAUGAAAAAUAAAAGCAGUCAGCACUCUGGUGUAAACAGUAAAAUCUAUGCAUAAUGAUGCAUUUAUAAUUAGGGGUUUGCUUCUGUAUGGUUAAAGCUUUUUAAAUAAAUAGAAAAUAUUGUUUGGUCUUUGUUAAUGUCUGCAAGUACACUUUUUUAAUAUAAAUUGUACAAAUAUACAUGGAUUAAAAUGGUUUGCAAGUAUUCCUUGCGCUUUAAUCUUCA